AUGUUUGCUCAGCCCAGGAUAAAGAAGACGCCCCUUCCGCCGCCGAAGAAGAGAAAGGCAUCUCAUGCAAUUGAGGAGAUUACGUUUGACAAAGAUGCUCGGGCUGAAUACCUUACCGGAUUUCACAAGCGCAAGCAGGCGCGGAUCAAGCAUGCCCAGGAGGUAGCCCAGCAAAAAGCGCGCGAAGAGAGGAUCGAAAUGCGGAAACAGAUCAGGGAGCAGCGAAGGCAAGCCGUUGAGGAGCAUGUGCAGGCAGUCAACAAAAUCCUCCGCGAGGCCGAAAGCGCUGGCACUACCGGCCAGAACGCGGACAGCUCAGAGGAGUGGGAUGGGCUGUCAGAUACAGAUGUACCCGAGGCGCCUAUUGACCUGGAAGAGGAAUACAUCGACGAGGACAAGUACACGACGGUCACUGUCGAAGCAGUGAGUGUGGACCGAGAUGGCCUCCAUAAACCGAAGCUGGAUGAAUCUUCCUCCGAGGAUGGCUCCCCUCCAGAGCAAGAAGAAAGCACAGAGAAGGAGGAGAAUGGAAACGGCCCCCCUAAACGGGUGAAGGACUCGACCCGGAAGAAGAAAAAGUUCCGGUACGAAACGAAGUUUGAGAGGGACUUUACAGCGAAGAAGCAGAGGGCAAAGCGGAAGAAGCGUUAG